UCAGUCAGUCAGUGGCAGCUCUGCGCAGUUUGUGGCAGCUCUGCGCAGUUGGUGGCGGGUGUUGAGUCUCCUGAGCGCGGUGUGUGUGGAUGUGGGCAGGUCUGAUUAAUCUGUUGUGAGAGGAGACUCGGGCAGUGUGACAGCUCCACACGUACCGCCGGGCUCUGCUCUCUCACUGCGGGGGAAUGGUUGACCCGGUGUCGGCGUGGUUUCAGCCUUCAGCCGGCGGCGAGGAGGAGCGCGGAGCUCCGCGGGUACUGAGCGCUGUUAGCCGUGGAGGCUAGAGUUAGCUAGCCUAGCUCUGUUAGCUAACUAACUCUCUCUAUCAGAGGAUUUACAUCCCAUACCAGCCCGAAGAGAUCUCUACAGGGCUCUCACACUAAGAGUAAAUCAUGGCUCAGAGCGGUGGCCUGUGUUCUGUGACCCUCACUGUGGAGGGGAUGACCUGUGGCUCCUGUGUCCAGACCAUAGAGCAGCAGAUUGGUGGGCUUUCAGGAGUUAUUCAUAUAGAGGUUUCCUUGGAACAGAAGAACGCCACUGUGAUAUUUGACCUAGCCAGCCACAGCCCAGAGUCUCUAGCAGAUGCCAUUGAGGACAUGGGUUUUGAGUCAGACGUGACCAACGCUUCCCCGACCACCCCUGUACAGACAGAAACCCGGGUGUACCCCACGACUGGCUGUAGCGCAGAGGCUCAGCGGCAAGCUCACGCCCAGCUGGCCCAGCUGAAGGGUGUGGUGGAAACCCAAGAAAGUAUUGAGGGCAAGGGCCUGGCAGUCACCUUUAUUCCGACAGUGGUGAGUCCAGAGCGGGUCCGUGAGGCGGUGAGUUGCCUCGUUCCGCAGCCUGCGAGUACCUCAGAGCGGUCGACAGGCCGUGGCUCCGGCAAUGUGGAGGUAGUGAAGAUGCGGAUUGAUGGAAUGGUCUGCCUGUCCUGCACCACAACCAUUGAGGGCAAGAUUGGGAAGUUAAAAGGGGUGGAGAAGAUUAAAGUUGGUCUCGAGUCUCAGGAAGCCACGGUGCUCUACUUACCUUACCUCAUCACAGUGGAGGACAUAGUGAACCAGAUUGGGGUGGCAGGAUUCAAGGCCUCUGUGAAAUCCAAACCCCGCCAGCUGCAGCUCUCCUCAGUGGAGCGGUUGCUGAAUGCCUCACAACUGAGUAGUCCCACCUCACCAGAGGAGAAGACCUCCACACAGGCCCUCGAGUCCACCACCACCACUACCACCACCACUAUCACUACUCUGAUUAAUGUGUCAGGAAUGCACUGCAACUCCUGUGUGGUGAACAUCCAGGACAAUAUAGGCAAAGUGCGGGGGGUCAGCUCAGUGCAGGUCUCUCUGGAAAAACGACAGGCUGUAAUCCAGCACAACCCAAGUAUUGUGACUGUAGCUGCACUGCAGAGGGCUAUUGAGGCUCUUCCUCCUGGGAAAUUUAAGACCCAGUUAGACGGCCAAGACGCCACCUUGCCCUCGUCUCUCUCAGAACCGUCCUUGCUCCAGCUUUCUGAACAGCCGCUGGCCUCCACGGUGCAGAUCCACAUAGAGGGCAUGACCUGUAACUCCUGUGUUCAGUCUAUUGAAGGAACCAUUUCUCAAAGGAAAGGUGUGAGAUCUGCACAGGUGUCCCUGGCCAACCAUCAGGGUACGUUUGAGUUUGACCCACUUCUGACCGCACCGGAAGAACUGCGCGCCGCCAUUGAGGAAAUGGGGUUUGAUGCUUUUCUGCCCGAGACUAAUUCACUAAUUCCAGUGAAAAGCCCUCCGUCUAUAAGGAGCUCACCCUCCUCCCCUGCGCUGUCCACCAUAAAGGAGAAGGAGAAGGAGCUGGAGAGUGACACAGAGGCAGGGUUGAACACACAUUCCAAAUGUUUUAUCCAGAUCGGGGGCAUGACCUGCGCCUCCUGUGUGGCCAACAUCGAGAGGAAUCUGAAAAACGAGCACGGAAUACACUCAGUGCUGGUGGCACUAAUGGCCAGUAAAGCAGAGGUGCGUUACAACCCUGCAGUCAUGGACCCUCUCAAGAUUGCAGAGUGCAUCAGAGAGCUGGGCUUCACCGCCUCCGUCAUGGAGAACUACGAUGGCUCCGAUGGCGCUCUGGAGCUUGUGAUCAGAGGUAUGACGUGUGCCUCCUGCGUCCACAAAAUCGAGUCUAGCCUGAUGAAACAGAAGGGAAUCGUAUAUGCCUCGGUUGCCCUGGCAACAAAUAAAGCCCACGUUAAAUAUGACCCAGAGGUGACCGGCCCAAGGGACAUAAUCAGACUGAUUGAGAAUUUGGGGUUUGAAGCUUCGCUGGUGAAGAAGGAUCGUUCAGGAAGUCAUCUGGAUCACAGUAUAGAGAUACAGCAGUGGAAGAAAUCCUUCCUCAUCAGCCUGGUGUUCUGCGUUCCUGUUAUGGGAAUGAUGAUCUACAUGAUGGUGGUCGACCACAUGAUCGUAAUGUCCCACCAUCACAACGCCACACGAGAAGACAGACAGAUGUACCACUCCCACAUGUUCCUGGAGAGGCAGCUCCUACCCGGCCUGUCCAUCAUGAACCUGCUCUCCUUCCUCUUCUGUGUGCCUGUGCAGUUCAUUGGAGGCCGUCACUUUUACGCCCAAGCAUAUAAAGCUCUAAAGCACUGGUCAGCCAAUAUGGACGUGCUGAUAGUCCUGGCCACGUCCAUCGCUUUUACUUACUCCCUGGUCAUUCUGAUGGUUGCCAUGAUUGAGAAAGCGAAGGUGAACCCCAUCACCUUCUUUGAUACGCCACCGAUGCUCUUCGUCUUCAUCUCACUGGGCAGAUGGCUGGAGCAGAUAGCCAAGAGUAAAACGUCUGAGGCUCUGUCCAAGCUGAUGUCCUUACAGGCGACUGAGGCUACUGUUGUGACUCUCAAUGGAGAUACAAUGGCCGUGUUAAGUGAGGAGCAGGUGGAUGUGGAGCUGGUACAGAGGGGUGAUAUAGUCAAAGUGGUUCCAGGAGGAAAGUUCCCAGUAGAUGGGAGAGUCAUUGAAGGACAUUCAAUGGCAGAUGAGUCGCUCAUCACAGGUGAAGCCAUGCCAGUAACAAAGAAACCCGGGAGUACAGUGAUCGCUGGUUCCAUCAACCAGAACGGAUCUCUGCUCAUCCGAGCCACGCAUGUAGGCACAGAUACCACUCUCUCACAGAUCGUCAAACUGGUGGAGGAGGCGCAGACCUCAAAGGCUCCUAUUCAGCAGUUUGCAGAUAGGAUCAGUGGCUACUUCGUCCCCUUUAUAGUAGCGGUCUCCGUCCUCACCCUCCUCGCCUGGAUAGCGAUUGGAUUUGUAAACUUCCGUCUGGUGGAGAUGUACUUCCCUGGCUAUGAUAAGAGUGUGUCUCAGGCAGAGGCCAUCAUUCGCUUCGCCUUCCAGGCCUCCAUUACAGUGCUGUGCAUCGCCUGCCCCUGCUCUCUGGGUCUGGCAACUCCCACAGCAGUGAUGGUGGGUACAGGAGUCGGAGCUCAGAACGGAAUUCUUAUCAAAGGAGGCGAGCCUCUAGAAAUGGCCCAUAGGAUUCAGUCUGUGGUUUUUGAUAAAACUGGCACCAUCACAUAUGGAGCUCCUAAGGUGGUGCAGGUGAAGAUUUUGGUGGAGGGAAACCGAAUGCCUCGCUCCAAACUUCUGGCCAUUGUUGGCACGGCGGAGAACAACAGCGAGCAUCCACUCGGGGCAGCAAUCACCCGCUUCUGUAAACAGGAGCUGGGCACAGAGAUGCUGGGCACCUGCACAGAUUUCCAGGCUGUGCCAGGCUGUGGCAUCAGGUGUCAUGUGAGCAACACUGAGAACCUGGUAAAGAGGGAGGACAGUGAUGGGGAGGAGAACCAGCGCAAUGCCAUCCUGGUGCAGAUCAGUGACCCCAGAGCCAGUUCCAACGCACAUCCCCUCAUUAUGGACCCGGAGCCACUCACUCUGGUCCAGUCAGCCUCGUACACAGUGCUGAUUGGGAACAGGGAGUGGAUGAGACGCAAUGCUCUGCACAUUCGGCCUGAUGUGGACGAGGCCAUGACGGAACACGAGAGGAGGGGCCGCACUGCUGUACUUGUUGCUGUGGACGGUGAGCUGUGUGCCAUGGUUGCUAUAGCGGAUACAGUAAAGCCGGAGGCUGAGCUAGCUGUUCACACUCUUACCUCCAUGGGUCUGGAAGUGGUGCUGAUGACCGGCGACAACAGCAAAACUGCACGAGCCAUCGCUGCACAGGUUGGCAUCAGGAAGGUGUUUGCGGAAGUGCUGCCCUCUCACAAGGUGGCUAAAGUAGAGCAGCUGCAGCAGGCUGGGAAGCGGGUGGCCAUGGUGGGCGAUGGAGUGAACGACUCUCCUGCACUAGCAAUGGCAGACGUGGGCAUCGCCAUCGGCACAGGCACUGAUGUGGCUAUUGAAGCAGCUGACGUUGUGCUAAUCAGGAAUGAUCUUCUUGAUGUUGUUGCGAGCAUUGAUCUCUCAAAAAAGACAGUCAAGCGGAUCCGUAUAAACUUUGUAUUUGCACUAAUCUACAAUCUUGUGGGAAUUCCUAUUGCAGCGGGUGUUUUUAUGCCAAUAGGUCUGGUGCUGCAGCCCUGGAUGGGCUCUGCUGCCAUGGCAGCCUCUUCAGUCUCUGUGGUCCUCUCCUCCCUGCUGCUCAAAUGUUACAACAAACCCAGUGCGGAGAAGCUGGAGCUGCAGCUAGCCGGGCUUCGCAGGCAGGGCAGCCUAUCAGACGUCAGCGUUCACAUCGGCAUGGGGGAGCUGCGGCGCCAGUCGCCCAAACUGAGCCUGCUGGACAGACUGGUCAACUACAGCCGAGCCUCCAUCAACUCCCUGCGCUCGGACAAGCACUCGCUCAACAGCAUGGCCCUGAGCGAGCCCGAUAAACACUCGCUGCUCAUCGCCGGAGCCCACUGUGAGGAGGAGAUGGUCUGAGGGGGCGGGGCUCCGAGCAGCAGUGCUCCAAUGAUUCAUCAUCAGGAGCUGCAUGGCUUCUUUUCACACCUCAGUGCCUGCAGAGCAGUGGAGAGACCAAAGCUCAGUCCCUGGAGUCUCAUCCCCAGAUCUCAUCCACCUGCCCACCUGUCCUGUCCACCAUAUCCGCCAGUACCACUGCGCCAGCCAGUCCCUCCCAAGGCCUGGUGGGAGCUGGGAGGUCGGGGGUUGUGAGGCUGUGGAGAAUAUGCGAGAAUAUCAGUGUCUUUUUCGUCUUCUCAGUGCAAAUUUAAUUUAUUUGCGUCGCUCAAGCAUUAGAGAAGCGUGUGUGAGCGCAUGUGCAAUGGUCACGUGGCUGUUUUGUAAUGACAAUCUACUACUUACCGACCAAAAGAAAUGGGACGUGCCAUGGGCUGAUAUGGAAGUCUUUUAUUUCUGUGGAGAGAGAAAAAUGACUUCGUUUAUUAUUCUGUUUUAGGAUUGUAAUGGAAAGUAUAUUUAUGAUAUCCUUUAUUUAUACUUUAUCAUGUUAGUAAUGGAACAAAGGAUGUUAUUAAGAGAUAUUAUUAUAAUUUUAUUAUUUAUCCAAAUAUUUUCCACUUCCUUUCUCUCCGUACUUGAAUGGGAGUGAUGUAGUACAGUAGGAAAUGAGAGAAUUGCCUAGAGUAUCAAUCAAUCAGUAGAAUAAUAGCUACAGUAAGUAAUUAAAACACACACACACACACAUACAUACACACAUACAGUAGUUACACUUGCCAUUGCCAGGGUUCUUAACCUGGUGCUCUCUAUCGCUCAUUCAUCAUUGGGACUUUUAUAAUAAAUUAUCUGACAAAAAAACAAACAAAAAAAACAUUCCAAAGAAAGCAUCCUGCCUCACGUCUUACAUCUCAGAGGAGGAAGCGGAGGUUCUGGACACAGAGCAAGAGAUAGCCUGGAUAAUUAGCAUGGAAAAAAUAUCCUGCAAGUCCUGCAAGGGUUCUCUCUUGAGCAUUUAUGUGCACACGCGGAACGUGGACCUCUCUGAUGAGCCGAUUGAUGCAGGAGAAGAGUGAAAACAAAUAUAUCUUGAUGUUUAGAGCUGAUAUUUAGUGGAUUUCCAUCAGCUAUGCCUUCCAGUUCAGCGGGUCAGCUGUAAAUGUGUAAAUGACAAUAUGGCAGCAUCAAUAUAGCAAUCUCAAGUGCUUCAGACAUUCUUAUGGUUGCUUUCUAAGUGUUUUGGCAACAUAGUGCAUCAGAACACAGAUAGGUCUAAGAGAGUGGUCAGAAAGAAAAUCUGACUUACUUGUUUGUGCUGGUGCCAAUUUGUGAAGAAAGAAAAAGUAAUGAAACUUAAGAUUCUUAAGAUUCAGACCCCUUCCACACUUUUUUUUUAAGACAAAUUGAUUUUCUGCAUUUUUUUUAAUUAUUAUUUUCUUUUCAAUUCACACAAAAUUAAAAAUGCUUGUAUGAGCAGACUACCCCUGUAUGGGCUGACAGUACCGCUAAAAAGAGAGAUCAACACACCAUGAAAAAAGUAGAAAAUGUUCAUAAUAUAACAGUAUUACAUUUAUUCAAAUGUGUAAAUCUGACAUCUAUUUUUAUCUGUAUGUAGGCACUUUAAUUUUAUGACUUAUAUCAUUCAUUAUUUAAAGAGUUAGGAGACUUUUGAGAUUCAGCCAGAAACAUGCUUGCAUGCAUUAUGACGUCAGCAUUUUCAUAAACCUCUCUUUUCCCUCUCCACUCGAUAAUGCUGAAAACUGAGUUAUAAAGAUAUCUCCACUUUGAAAAGGGCAUUAUCAAAAAGCUCUGUUUUUAGUAUGUGGAUAAACUCUCCUCACUAAAUAAUGACUUACUGAUUACUUGGUGAUCACACACACACACACACUAAAGAGGCUGACUGGGAGCAUUGUGAAGGACAGAUAAGAAAUGUAUAAGAUACUUAUGACAUUGUCAAAAGCUAAAUAUGAUGUGUUUUGUGGUGUUGUAAUGGAUAAAUGAGAGGAAACUGGCGAGACACAAAGGGGGUCAUGUGACAUAAAACACUAAUAAGCCAUGAAUAGCUUUUAAAUCACUCAGCCAAAGACGCUGGCAUGAUCACUGCUUAAAUGAACUCAGUUGACUUAAUUUAUAUUAUAAUAAUUUGAAUUUGUUGGACUUGGAGAAUGCAGGCUCUCAAAGUUCACUGUGUAGACAGUGUAACCUAACAGGUGGCUCUACUGUAUCACUCUGAGGUAAAAUUGUCUGCAGGAGAGCUAGUUCUACACUGCUAGGCCCAAUCCUAUUUCACCCACCAUGUACCCCUACCCCUUCUUUUCUAGUGUAACCCUUCCCAUUGGAACAGAGUUAGAAGGGAAGGGAGUGAAAUCCUCUACCUAAUAAUUGGGACAACCAUUCAAGCCCCCGAUAGAUACAUCAGCAGGAGUGCUAAAGUUUAGUAGUUUAGUAAACUAGUUAACUUUAGCAUUUUAGCAUUAUAUGUCUUCAGAAUGUGGGGAGAUGGUACAGAAAUUAAUUAUUAUUGUCCAUUUCUUAAUUCCUCUGUGAUGGGGAGCUGAAAUUAGCUUUGAUUUAUUUAAUUUUUCCAUUUCCAUUUUCACCAUUUAAGGUGGAACUGGAAAGUUAGCUAGCUAGCUAUCUAGCUUCUAAGACAAACUAAGACAAAGUGAUCUUUUUCAUGCUUGUUAUGAAGAAUUCGGCCAUAAAACAUUGAAACUACACAUUAAACUAUGGCAAUAUAGUGCUAAUCGUCACUUUUAACAAGGAAAAUACUUACAUUUGUGGGCUUCUAACCAGGGAUUCUUAUACCCCUCAGUUUGAAGUGUGCAUCUGAAAAAUCUCUGUAUGAAGGGCUUACAAGCCCUAUCUGUUUCCCUAACCUACCCCUUCAGCCUAAAGAAAAUCAGGACACCCCUACCCCUCGGCGUGCACACUCAAAUCAGAGGGGUAGGGCCAAUGGGUGAAAUGGGAUUGGGCCCUGGACUUGUAGACCUCUGGGAAUUGUUCCUCAUUUGGCUAGAACCGUUUUAAUUGAUGGGACACUGUUAGGCAGUUGUGCCACUUAGUAGCCCUGACUUAUUUAUUUACAUUAAAUAUUAGCAUAGUUAGCAUUUAGCAUAUUCAGUUAUUCUGUUCCUUUUCAUUCCUCUUAGUAAAGGAUUUUAGGGCAUUUAGUGUUAAGCUCACAUACACUAUAUACACACUAUAUGUCCAAAUGUUUGUGGACACCAAAUGCACACAUGCACACACAGAAUGUUUAGUCACUGUAGAGUAUUGCCAAUAGAAUAGGACUCUCUGGAGAAGAUUAACAUGAACCUACUGGCACUUUGCCUAAAGAAGCAGUGGAACUGUGUUCUCUGAAGUGAUGGAGCUCCAUUCAGUAAUAUUGGGAUGAGUUGUAGGGGAGUUGGGGGUGAGGUGGGAUGGGGAUCAUCCAACAUCCAGACCUUACUAACCUUAAACCCAUCAUAUCCAGAAUCAAGCGUCAGUUAGAGUAGUGGAACUGUGUUCUCUGAAAUGAUAGAGCUCCAUCCAGUACAUUGUGAGUAGGAUAAGUGGGGGUGGUAGAACUAAUUCAACAUCAGAACCUACCUGACAUCAGUGAUGCUCUUGUUUUGGCUGAAUGCAAUCAAAUCCUGACAGCCAUGUUUCAGCAUCUAUGUGGAUGAUACAUUAGCAAAUUUAUCAGUCUACAGGACUUGUCUCCAAAAUGCAUCAGGCUUGUUUAGAUGCUUCUUUGAAAACGUCUUUAUUGGCUGUUCCAUGAAGGUCAUAUUCGUGCAGGUAUCACUGCACGGUAGAACAGUGCACCACCACCACUCCUGAGUCUACUAAACCUUCCUGAAGGUCUUAUAAAGUCACACAGGUUAGAGUUCCACUGUGUAGCAAUUUAGUUUGUGAGUAUUUAGUUUGUAAAGUACCGAAUACAUUGAUUUGAUUUCAGAGAAACCCUGAAGUCACACAUACACACUUUGUGAAGUAUAUAGAGAACUUCUCAAGUACAAGCUUUAAGCUAUAUUGGCUGCAGUGUGUAAGAAGCAAGUCUAUUUUAUGAGGUCUCUCAGCCCUACAGUGCGUAUUCUCUCCACUCGCUCAUUGUCUCCGAACCUUUCCUUCAGAAUCGGAUGAGUAUUGAUGGCGGACUUUCCUCUGGGAUAUGUGCCUUUGUUAAAAAACAAUGACCUCGUGAAACGCGGCCGCUCCUCACAGCACCGUGUUCUCACAUUACCCU